AUGUGACUGCAUGCUGAAACCUAUAUAAAGGAAGGCUGCAGAGUUCCUCGUCGCUUAGGGAAAAUGAGGGUGGAGACCUUGUCCUGUAAACGGGAACGGGGGAAAGAGCCCAGACGUGGCAACACAUUCUCAGGCUCCUGCAGGACCGCCAUGGCUUAUGAUGACUCCAAGAAAAAAGAAGAGUGCUUAGAGGUUGACCGAAGCAUUGAUGACGUGGGGCUGGCAGCAGGUAGAACCCAACGAGAGAAAAAACGCUCUUACAAGGAUCUACUACGGGAAGAGGAGGAAAUAGCAGCUCAGGUCAGAAAGACCUCAAAAAAAAGGUUGAAGGACAGCGACCUUUUCUUCUUGGCCACAGAAUCUCAUAAGAAGAAGAGGAAGCAUUCCUCUGAUGAGUUCUUCUACAGAGACUUUUCACCUUUGGAGUUGCCAUCAAAGAAGAAAAAAACAGUGUCAAGCCCAACCUCUUCUGACACAGCCAUGGAUCUUCUCAAAGCUAUCACCUCACCUCUUGCCACGGGUUCCAAGACCUCAAAAAAGACAUCUGAAAAAUCAUCCUUCUCUUCCUUUGUUGCCACUGGCUAUUCAGAGAGCAAGAAGGAGCACCAUAAGAAGAAGCUGAGUAGUAGCAGUGGUGAGCUCUCACUGGACGAUGACAGCUUCCGCAAAUCCAAAAAGAUGAAGCCUCUUUAUGUAAACACAGAGACACUGACCUUGCGUGAGCCUGAUGGCUUGAAAAUGAAACUCAUCCUUUCACCUAAAGAGAAAGGGGGCAGCACAGUAGAUGAAGAGUCAUUCCCAUACUCUUCACCUCCAGCAGCAGCAAAAAAAUCCUCCAAGAAAUCAGCUCGGGAUGAACAAGGCUCUUUCCUCCUGGGUCAUGAGCUUCAAAGCUUCCUGAAAUCAGCCCGGAAGAAGCAUAAACCACCACCAGACCCACACCCACCUCCAAUUCCUGAAGGAUUUGGCCCUGACACAUCUCUGUUCUCAGAAGGCCAUGGGAGUGACUAUGAUCUUUCCAGUAUGGAGCCCCCCCUGGAAUCUGGUUCAUCAUCAGGUGGGGAGUUGGAGGCUGGAGAGCUAGUGAUAGAUGACUCCUACCGGGAGAUCAAGAAAAAGAAGAAGUCAAAGAAGAGCAAAAAAAAGAAGGACAAAGAGAAACACAAGGAGAAAAAGCACUCUAAGUCUAAGAAGAGUUCUGGACACUCUGCCUCUGUGGCAGUGGCAGAAAUUAUGGCAACACCACCUCCACCCCCUCCACCCACCACCCCAUUCGUCCUUCCUGUGCCUCUCCCCCCACCUCCUGUUUUCCACACAGAUGGGCAAAGUGAGAAGAAAAAGAAGAAAGAAGAGAAGGAGAAAGAAAAAGCUGAGAGAACAGAAAGGGAUAAAGAAAAGCCAAAGAAGAAGAACAUGUCUGCCUACCAAGUGUUCUGUAAGGAAUAUCGGGUGACCAUUGUGGCAGAGCAUCCAGGGAUAGAUUUUGGGGAGUUGAGCAAAAAACUGGCAGAAGUGUGGAAGCAGCUGCCUGAGAAGGAUAAACUGGUAUGGAAGCAGAAAGCUCAAUAUCUGCAGCAUAAGCAGAAUAAAGCAGAGGCCACAACAGUGAAGAGGAAGGCAGCCUCAUCGGAGGGUGCCCCAAAAGUGAAAGCUUCCCCAGCAGGUAUGCUUUCACCUCAUAAGAAGUCCCCCUCCAGCACUGUGGUUUUAUCCUCCUCACCAGCCAAAGUUCCUGAUACAGAUCCCAUUGAUGUAGCUGCACAUCUACAAUUGCUGGGUGAAUCUCUGAGCCUCAUCGGACAUCGGCUGCAAGAGACAGAGGGGAUGGUGGCUGUAUCAGGAAGUUUGUCGGUACUUCUAGAUUCUAUUAUCUGUGCCCUGGGCCCUUUAGCAUGCCUGACCACACAACUACCUGAGCUGAAUGGCUGCCCUAAGCAAGUUCUGUCAAACACACUAGACAACAUCGCCUACAUCAUGCCUGGACUCUGACAGGAAAGGAUACUCGUAUGUACCCUGCUUCCAUGUUACAGACUUCUGUACAUAGGCACUAUACUGGCACUCUCCAAGGGCUCCAUGUGUAGGGUUUUAAACUUUUCUAUCUGUAUAGUAUAUACAUAGGAUUGUAACUAUUUUACUUUUAUUAAUUUUAUGAAAAGUUGUGAUGUGUAAGCUGAGAGAAUCCUUUCCUGUUGGUGGGAGAGACCUGCUCAACAUAUUCUCCAGUCUGAAGUUUUUGAGUAAUUGGAGUUCAUAACACUUUUGAUUACAUCAGCCUUAAAUUCAAAAAAGCCUUUUUUGGGAAUUGGCCUGAGCCCAGACUGUUUGUCAGUGGACAAGUACACAUGCUUGUUUAUUUUGGAUCAAGCAAUUAUUCUGGACUUGUCACCAGCCCUGUUUCUAACUUCUGUUGAAAUGUACUGCUUUGGGGGAAGACUGGUUGGCUGAUGGAAGAUAGAGGCUUUGACCUGUAGGUCAUUUUUUACAGCCCCAAAGUCAUUAGUGAUUGAAAUUUGUUUGUCUGCUGACUGGUUGGUAACUUGUAAUAAAUAGUUCUGGAGAUGGUGAAGAAUCUGUACUCUUCUAGAGGACUUGCACCCACAUCAUCAUUAACACUAGCUGUCAGCCUCAGAAGAGAGCCAAAGAUUGAAUGGACUAAGGGGAACAAGCCACCCUCUAAUUCCUCCAGAUCAAGGCUGUGCCAUCCUGAUGGGGAAGAGAGGGAAAUAGGUGGAAGAAACUUGCACUGCCUCUGCCCAUCUGUACAUGUUUUGUAUGGAGAGGACUUUGUUUCUAUGAAUGUUGAUCCCAUCGUCCUGUUCACCAGCAGUGUUAAGAAGGAGCUAUGGAAUCCUCCUGGUGCUGCUGUAUUAUCUUGAAACAAUGCUUAAUGUUAAAGGUUGAAGAGGUUCUUUCUGAGCUGAACAUGGACUGAGUGGACAAAUCCCAUGAAAGCUACAGGAAAGCAUUUGAUUCUCACGUAGAGGUGUGUGCGUGGUAUAUUUAAGUUUUACCAAUAUCUGUAACAGAGUUUAAUUUAUCAUGUAUAUUUCUGUAUAUAUGUGUGUGUGGAUGUGUAUAUACAUAUAUAUUUAUAUAUAUAUAAUUUAAAAGCAAAAAAGCCUUCCCUCUACAAAUUGCGUGUGGAAAAUAUGAAUCAGCUCAUCCCCCACCUUGCCAAUGGUAACUGUUCCAGUUGUUGCAGGCAUAGACUUUGCAAGAGGGACUAGUGACAACAGGUUAAAUUCUCGAAAAGAAUUUAACCCAGGGAUGUUGGGUGAAAGCUGAACUAGAGACCCAUUUAUUUUGGCUCCAGCCUCCUCUUCCCUUUUAACUUAGGGGUUUUAAGAUAGCAGAAGGACAGCACUUCUGCUUCUGUUUUGAAUUCUGGAUUCUCUAUUUUCAGUGGCAGCUGGAAAUGAGCAUUACCACUUUAUGGCUGAGCUCUAAAUCUUUUGUGGUUAAGCAGAUCCUCGGGUGUGAAGAGGGAAGCUUUCACCCAAUCCUCUCUACUAUGUAUUUCCCCAGCUGCACAUACAUGGUAGAUGCUGUUUUUGCAUUGCUUCGUCUCGUAAUUCAAUGCUAUUUUAUUGGUUAGUCAACAGGGCUGGGUUGGUGGAUGAAACAAGAGGCUCUUAUAGAGCAUAUAGAAGAUCUGGGCCCAGGCCUCAGACUUAGGCAUACACAUCUCAAAAAUAUGUGACUAUAUAUAAUCCUAAGCAGCAUUUGAGGGAGGCAGGGUGGACAGAAGGAUCUUGGUGGGCCCUUUGGACCCUCACAUGUCUUGAAAAUGGCAUAAAACACCUGACUGUUUCUCACUCUCCACAGUGGACAGUACUGUAGUGAAUGAUAGAUAUUCAGAUCUCUAUCUAAGAAACAGAAGGGGAUCAAUCAGCUAUUAUUUUUGAUCUGUAUAACAAACUCUUGAAGAGUUUUAAAAAAACAACCACACACAUAAACCCUAAUGUAUUGUAUUUUUAUUUAAAAUUUAUAAACAUUUGUAUAAUCUGUAUCUUGUGGUAUUUGGUACUAGAAGGAAAACUUUGGACCGAGACCUAGCAGUUUUUAUAUUUUUGUUAUUUUUCUUGCCAUUUGGUCCAGAUUGCAUUACAGUUGUAUAAAGAAACCUUUUUGUACUGUACUUACAUAUAAUAUUUUUUAACAUUUGGAGUAUGUGUCAUUAUUAUUUAUAGCAUGCUCUGUAUCUUCUCCCCAAUGCUAGUUAUUAGUGUUCAGUAUUACUAAACAGCACAUCUGUUCUUCUAGCUUCUCCUGUUCAGGCAGUAUAUUCCAACACCAGUAUAUUCUAAUAUCACAGUCUGCUUGAUACAUCUCUUGAAAAUUACUGAUAAUUAUUUAGAGGCCUAUUCCAUAUUUCUUAGCAGCAUCAGUGAGAGACAUGCCUGAGAGCUGUCAUCUAGCAUUGCAAAUGUCCCAAUAUUGAGCCAUAUUUCUGCCCCUGGGAUCCUCCCUGCAACUGGAUUUGUGUUGCAAGCAAAAUAGUACUGGUGGUUCAGGAUCAGUAUGGUAAAACUGCCUGUUACAGAAAAAACAGGAAUAGUACAUAUUGUCAUAGUCUUUAAAAAUUCUGUUUUCAGUUGAGAAACUCAUGGGUCAGUUUCAGCCUCAAAACUUGUGAUAGUUUGUCAACCUGUCAACCCUUGAUAUUGCAGAAUAUGACACUUCACUAACCCUCCCAAAUUGUAUUUUAUAUUUCAACACAAGUUGACAAGAGAGAAAUUUUAAAAUACUUAACCACCUACCAAAACACAUUUCACGAUUCCACGAAAACCACUGCCUUAUGUUCUACUUUGAGAGCUAUUUAACAUAUAUAGGCAGAAACAUACAUGCUGCAGGUGGUUGUCCUUUCCUCCUACUGUCACAUAAGAUGUUAGUUUAUCAUUUUUUACAUGAUUAACUGAUAAGCCUGCAUUUACCGGUUACUCCAAAUGACUACAUGCACAACCCCAGUUUGCUGCUCUGUAUCAGAGGUAAUGGGAGGAGAGGUGGGAACUGGUGCUGGUUCCCUCAGAGCUGCCUCCCACAGAGGCAGCACCAGCACUGGGGGAAGUGCUUAUUCAUCCUGACAGGAAGUUUUUCCUAAUGUCCAUCCUAAACCUUGCUGCAAUUUAAGCUUCUUGUCCUAUAAUCAAAGGUUAAGGAGAAUAAUUUUUCUCCCUUCUUGUAAUACCCUUUUAGAUACUUGAAAACGGCUAUCAUGUCCCCGCUUUGUCUUCCCUUUUCUAUACUGAAUAAACCUAAUUAUUUGU